GGGUCUUCAACCAGGGCCCGUGGGCCCCAAGGAUAGCUGACCAGAGAUGCUGCCUGACGAGCGUUGGGCUUUCAGCAGAGGGAAGGCGCUCCCUCGGAACCAGCCCCGUCCCGGCUCUCUGCCCUCCCGCUCUGACCUGCCAGUCUUCGCCAGAGGCCCAGGGAGCCAUGGCUAGCCCUGAGGGAAGGCACAGGGAAGAGCCUCUGAUUGAUCUGGAGGGUCUAGCUGAAGGUGGCCCAGGUCAAGAUCUUAAAUUGGAGAUGAUUCCCCACAGCAUGGGACCAUACCACUCAGUUGUGCUAGAUCAUCUGAGGUCCCCACAGAUACACGUAUAUAAAGACGGUUACAUAUUUUAAUAUUAGUUCUAAGGAAAAAUAAUCUCUUUUUUCCUCCAAUUAUUACAAGAAUAUAUUCUUUAAUUUACUCUGAUAGGCAAAACAGGGCAUCAUAUAUAUACACCUUGCGGUUCUUGACUUUAAGGAUAAGCGUCUUUUCAUGUGUCUUUUAAAACAUUGUUCUGAUUUUUUUUAAUUUUAAAAAUUAAUAGACUUCGUUUUUUAAGGAUGGUUUUAGGUUUAUGGAGAAAUGAAGGGAGGGUACGGAGAGCUCCCAGGUCGCGCUCACCCGAGCCUCCGUCUGCUUUGGCCUGUGUUUAACAUCUUGCAUUAGUGUGGAAUGUUGUGACAGUUGACGAGCCAGUAUUAAUACGUCAUUAUUUUUAUUUUUUUAAAGCUUUUAUUUAUUUAUUUGACAGAGAGAGAGAGAGACCGCAAGUAGGCAGAGAGGCAGGCAGAGGGAGAAGGGGAAGCAGGCUCCCCACCGAGGCGAGAGCCCAGUGCAGAGCUCGAUCCCUGGACCCUCAGAUCAUGACCUGAGCCAAAUGACUGAGCCACCCAGGUGCCCCUUAAUACGUAAUUAUUAACUGAAGUUCAGAGUUGACAUUAGGAUUCCUCUUGGUGUUCUGCAUUGUGUGGGUUUGGACAAUGUAUAAUGGCACGUGUCUGCCACGACAGUAUUAGACAGAAUCGCUCACUGCCCUGAGCUUCCUCUGCGUCCCACCUGCUCAUGCCUUCUUCCCUCCCAUCAAACCCUGCAGCCACUCAUCUUGGAAUUACCUCCUAGUUUUGCCUUUUCCAGAAAGUCAUGUAGUAGGAAUCAUACAGGAUGUAGUCUUUUCAGCCAUGCUUCUUCCACUUAGUCGUAUGCACUGAAGGUUCUUCCAGGCCUUCUCACGGCUUCAUGGCUCAUUUGGUUCUAGUGCUGGGUGAUACUGAGCUGUCUGGACGGACCACAGCUUCUCCGUCCACCUGCUGAAGGCCAUUUUGGUUGCUCCCAAGUUUUAGCAAUUAAUGAUGAAAGCUGCUACAAACGUCCCUGGGCAGGUUUUUGUGUGAGUGUAAGGUUUUGGCUUAUUGGGUAAUGAUACAGCAACCCAUCCAUCCCAUACCUUUUUUUUUUUUCCUACGUUUUGAAAGUUGUAAGAUACGCACAACAUACAGUUUAUCAUUGUAACAGUUUUUAAGUGUGCAGUUUAGUUGCACCGAGCCCAUUCACACUCUCGUGCACACAGCUCCCUUUUAAAGUGACCAUAUUCCAGGGGCACCUGGCUGGCUCAGUUGGAAGAGCAUGCAGCCCUUGAUCUCAGGGUCAUGAGUUCAAGCCCUACAUGGGGUGUAAAGAUUACUCAAAUAAAUAAACAAACUUAAAAAAAAAAAAAAAAAGGAGCGAGAGAGAAAAACUUAAAAAAAGAAAAAAGUAAGUAUUGCAGCAAACCCCAGUUACCCAAGGAUGGGGAGGAAGUAAAGGUCUGAGAGGUCCCCACACGGCACAGCAGGUGACAGACGGUGGCUUGGGAAACUUGUAGCUAAAACAGUGGACUCAGCACCAGAUUCUUCCUGAAAAGUUCAAUGUGUUUAACACCUUGGGUACGUUUCUCCAAAGCCUUCUCUUUCAUGGCCGCAAACAUGCAUUUUUAGAACCUAUUUGUGGCAUUUCCAUGCUCUUUCUUUCCCUAGGCCCCUUUAUGGGUUGUUUUUGAAAAAAAAAAGAAAAAAAAAAGGGAGCUUUGGAAAUAGUCACUUUCCUAUAACUUUCUGAUGCCUCUCCAUUUACCUGCCUGUAAAGCUGCACACUCAUCCCAACGAGUAUUAGGAGCUUGGGGAGCUCAGAGGAGGUGCGGGUCUGCAGAAUGGAGGAGGCGAGGGGUGCUUCACGCUCUCCGCACGUGGACCCUCAGGAUGGCAAGGAGGUCGCCAGGCAUCCUGAACCACCCAGAUGACGCAGGAUGGAGGUGCCAGGACUCACUUCCCCUGCCUCGCCUGCCAGGGACCAGCCAGCGACAGCUCCUGGACAUGCAGGAGCCCCCAGUGGGCAGGUCUCACCUCACCUGACCCUGAGUCCUGUCAUUCUGCCCCCGGAGCAGGGUCUGGCCCCUACAGUGUUCCUGAAGGCCUUGCCCCUCCCAUUGUACCACACAGUGCCUCCGGGGGGCCUCCAGCCACGUGCCCCCCUAGCCACACGCAGCUUGGAUGGGGGCGGCGCACCCUUUCUUCUCAGCCCCCUGCUGCGGCCUGAAGGACCUGGCCCUGCCCGGGUGGGGAAGCCGGCACUCGUGUGCCCGGCUCUCACCGUGAACAUCGUGGGCACUCUGCCUGUCCUGUCGCCAGGACUGGGGCCCACGCUGGGGAGCCCGGGCAAGGUACGGAAUGCCGGCAAGUACCUUUGCCCACACUGUGGCCGGGAUUGCCUGAAGCCCAGUGUUUUAGAGAAGCACAUCCGGUCCCACACGGGUGAGAGGCCCUUUCCAUGUGCCACCUGUGGCAUUGCCUUUAAGACCCAGAGCAACCUGUAUAAGCACAGACGCACCCAGACCCACCUCAACCACUCUCGACUGUCCUCAGAGUCUGACGGAGGUGGGGGCAGCCUCCUGGAGGAGGGGGACAAGGCUGGAGAGAGCUCCAGAGCAGAAGGCCUGGGGGACGGCAGCAGCCAGAGAGUGGGUGAUGGGGCCCAAUCAGAGAGACCCCUUUCUCCAGGCACCCAGGGUGCUGGGCACUGCCCGGUGCCUGCCAUGCGCCUGUCUUCUGUUGCCAAGACCCUGGGUCUGAAGUUGGAAGCUGUUCCCUGUCCAGGGUCCACAUUUGAUGACAGAGAGACCCCUGUGAUCUCUGCCCACGCAGCCUCCCCUGGGCUCGCCCUGCCUGGCUCCCAACCAAGGUGGAAGCUGCCAGAGCAGACGUCCCCGACCGCCGGUCGGCUGUGCUCCCUACAGCAGCAGCAGGCGGCCACGUCUUCAGAGAAGCCCUGGGACACUAAGGCCUCAGAGGGCCGGCUGCGGAAGUGUGAGAGCACUGACUCGGGCUACCUUUCCCGCUCGGAUAGUGCAGAGCAGCCGCCGGCCCCUGGCAGCCCCCCGCGCGGCCUGUUGGAGCAUAGGGCUGAGUCCGAGGGGGAGGUGGCACUGGGGUCUGGGGGGCCCGGCCUGCAGCUGGAGAAGAAGAAGCUAGAGGAGCGCAUCUCCUGGCUCAUCUCCCACAAUCAGGCUGUGGUGGACGAUUCCCAGCUGGACAACGUGCGGCCCCGCAAGACAGUCCUGUGCAAGCAAGGCAGUAUCGACCUGCCCAUGCCCUACACCUACAAAGAUUCCUUCCACUUUGACAUCCGGGCGCUGCAGCCUGGCCGGAGGAAGCCUGCUGCCCUCAGCUCGGCCCAUUCUGCCUUCACCCCCCCAGACAAGGUGCGGCCGCUCUUCUUUCACUCUGUCCCCACUCAGCUCUCCACCACUGUGGCUUGUGUGCCCGUCACCAGGAGCAACUCACUGCCUUUUGUCGAGGGCACCAGGACAUGGCAGGAGCCCCCGGACCACCAGGAUGCCUGCCCCUGGAGGCAGAAGCCUCUGAGCCCCAGGCCUGCCCCCUCCCGACUGGUGGAUGUCCCCAGUGGCCACCCCCGGGCCCUGGUGAGACAGGCUGCCGUGGAGGACCUGCCAUGUCCCCCUUCUGGAGACAGCCUGGUGCCUGCAGAGGACCCGGAUGGAAACAGAGCUGCUGCUGGGGAGGGGGCAACCAGCAAGGGCAGAGCAGCCAGUAAGAAAUGCAGCCAGAGGAAGCUGAAGAUGUUCUCCCAGGACAAGUGGCAGGUGUAUGGGAAUGAGACGUUCAAGAAAAUCUACCAGAAAAUGAAAACCAGCUGCCAUGGAGGCAAGAAGGCCAGGGAGAUGACCGUGGGUAGUGGGACAGAGCUGGACCUUCCGCUCCAGGAAGAGGUAGCAGGGAAAGAGGGCACAGUACCAUCCCAGGACGGGAGGAGCCCUGGUCAUGGAGACACAUCUGCGGGGGCCAGACCAGGGCCUUGCCAAAAUCCACUGGCCCCGGAGGGCUUCUUAGUGAUGGAACCCCCCAAGCAGAGGGCGAUGGUAGCCCAAGCGGGAAGCAGUGACCAGCCUUGGGUGAACAGGGCCAUGUCUCCUCCCACCGUCCGCUGCACAGAAGCCUCCUGUUCAGGCAGCAAGAGCCCCCUCCUUUCUCCAAGCAGGAGGCUGGAGCUGGGGUGUCAGCUGCCCCCAGUACCUGGUCCCCUCAGGGGAGGUGAUAGAGAGACUCCCAAGCUGGUUUUGCCAGACCCUAAGCUGGAAGGAGGCAUCCUUCGUGGUGGGGACAAGAAGGAGCCCUGUCAGUGGACCCAAACUGUGCCGAGGCGGCCCAGUGGUAGCUCUGGGGAACCCCAGCCCUCAGAGGACAAGCUCCCCUCAGAGAGGAAGAAGCUGAAGGUGGAGAAGCUGAGCUGCCAGGAGCAUUCAGAGCCUCUGGGAACAGAAAGAGAGGCCCCGGGUGGCCCCAUGCAGGCCGCCUCCCCACCGACUCAGAACCAGGACAGGAACCCUGGGGAUAAGCCAGGGGAGCUAUGUGAGAGUGCUGAUGGCAUGGCGAGGGCCAGGGCUGGGCAGCCAGGUAGGCCCUUGGAGCUUUCUGGCGCCGCCUCUGCUACUCCUUCUGUGGCCCAGAGGCAGGCGGAGCUGGGGGAAGAGAUCUUGCCGUGUCCUGUAGCCACGUCCUUUGGGCAUCAUUCCCACGCGGCACCUGGUGUCCUCACUGCUCUGGCAGACACUGCCUUCCCUCCCAAGUACCUCCUCAAGUUGCCUCAGGGAGAGACCUGCCCACCACCUUCUGUCACCGCGAGGCUGGGAGAAGGCCAGGACCCCGCGUGCAGGAGCAGGCGGCCUGAGGAACUGGUGUCCUUUGUUGGGUCAGGGCUGGGGACCCGCCUGCCUUCCCGCCCAACUUCAGUCAUGGCCACCAGUGGGGCACACAGCUUCAAGGAGGACCCCAACUGCUCUAGGCCAUGGGGCAGGAGAAAAGGGGAACAGGGAGAGGAGAAAGGAGACUUGGACACCGGCACCCCAGCAGGGGGCCAGUCCCCGGGCUCAUCCGCAGGCACCCCCAGGGAGACCGCCUCCUUUCUGCCCACCCCAGUGUGUGCCACUCGGCAGAGUGGGCCCCCUGACACCCGUCACCUCUGCAUGGGCAGCACCGCAGUGGGCGCCAGGCCAUCUGGGGGUGUCCCGAGUCCCUGCGCACUCAGGGAGUUGGGGGGACCUACAGAGAAUGUCCCGGAAGACCCUCCUUCAGGACCCCUGGCUGGGCUCAGUUCCUGCUGCUCCUUCCUCGCGGCCUCCACACCCCCCAGCUGGCCAGAGCUGGCCUCGUGUACCCACUCAGAGACCCAGUGGAGUUUCAGGGCCCACGGCCCUUUCCCGUCAUUGAGGGCCGAGCCCCGACUCACAUGGUGUUGCUUGAGCCGAAGCCUGCCUCUGCCCACAGAGCAGAAGGAAAAGGCUGCUUCUGUGUACUUGGCACUGCACUUCCUUGGUGGCAGCACCCCGGCCAAGGGUCCAGACACCCGGCCCGUGAGCAGGACAGUGGGAGGACGGAUGAAGACAGGCCUGGGAGAAGGAGGGCAGGUCCAGACGUCAAAGCUCUCCUGCCCGGUGGCCUCAGGGAUAGUGUCCCAGGAGCGGGUGUCUGAGCCUGAAGGGAAGAAAGGACCGCUGUGGAGGAAGGCGAAGAUGUUUCGGAGAAACGGCAAACGGAAGCUGAGCGUCUGCUCCAGAAGGUACAAAGGCAGUUUUUUACAGAGCCGUGUUCAGCUGAGAGGGAGUGGACUGCGCAGGCCACCCAGGGUGCUGAGAAGAGACGGCCACCCCUCCCCACUCGAGGGGCUGGACCCACGUGGGACCUGCAGGCAGCCUUCUUCAGAAAUGGCAGGUCUGAAUCUGCAGGAGGAGCCAUCUCGUGCCUCUUCAGGAUCGCCUGCUGGUUGUGGGCACAGAGAGGAGGAGGAGAAUGGCUCCAGACAAACGUCGGGAAGCUUCUCUCCCAGCACAAGUUCACGGGCUGGCAGUGGAGUAGACCAUGUAACCAUGAAGGCGAUUUCUCCAGCUGCCGGUGGGCACGGUGACCGCUGCCCUCGGAACACUGCUGCUGGGUCACGACGGUCAGAGCACUCCAAGUCCUGUGUGGCCCCGGCUAAGAAUGACAGCCUCCUGUCUCGAGGCGGAGGUCUCGGCCCGGGCUUGCUGGAGCCCCAGCCUCUGCCCUCCCAGGAGCAAGUCUCUGUGGAUCUGAAACCAUACGUUUUCUCAGAUGCUCAAGAACCUUCUUCCCCUGAGUCCAAAGGAACCUCCCCCCGCAAGGAUGUUGCUCCCUCUGUGGGUGCCAUGUGUGCUCUGGGGGAGAGAGCAGCUCACACAGCCCUGGGGAUUCACAGUGCAGAGCCACAAGACCACAGGGCUGCAGGGGAGGCCCUGACACGAAGCUCCCCAGACAGAAAAGCUAGAGCGGAGAGCAUGUCGCCACCAGUACUGCCAGGGAGACCUUCAUCUGGGCAAAGAAUUUCAGGUUUGGUUUUGCUGGGGUCAGCUGGAAAAACUCAUCUUGAAAUACCAGCUUUAGGACCAGGCUUGGCUAGUUCAUACGAAGAGGAAGGGGAACACAAGAUGUUUUUUCCUACCGGGGGACAGUACAGGUGUGGGGAGAGGAAAGCCCCCUGCCCUCCCUUAGGAAAAGACGGUGGGAAAUGUCGAGGCCCUGGAUUAACUGCUCUAAAGGACCGUGUGGUUACUUCUAACCCAGGGCAGCCCAGAGAAGCUCCCGAAGUCCCUUCAAAGACUGUCAAGAGGAGGGGUCUAGAAGGAUUGAGAAAGCAGACUCGAGUGGAGGUCAGUGACAGCAGCAGUGACGACGAGGACCGGUUAGUGAUAGAGAUGUGAAGCUUCUGAGCCUGGGGUCGGAGCCCAGAUGCUAUCAGGCUGGCAGGACAGCCGAACACUCUUUCACCAA